GCAGAGGACGCUUCCUCGUAAAUGAUAAUGAUUUUGGUUACAUUAGCUUUGGGCCUUACUUUGGCCGGUCUGCUCUAUGUGACCAUGACCUGGAACUUCAACUACUGGCGAAAACGUAAGGUUCCAGGACCUGAGCCCAAACUUUUCACCGGCAACUAUCCCAACCUAUUUAAGAUGAAGCGGAACAUGAUCUACGACUUGAACGACAUCUAUGAGAAGUACAAAAACAAGUAUGAUGCGGUGGGUAUUUUUAGCGGGCGGAUUCCCCAACUUCUGGUCAUUAGUCCAGAGUUGGCGCAUCGUGUUUUCGUUUCGCACUUCAAAAACUUCCAUGACAAUGAGUUGUCCAAGUUUGCUGACGAAAAAACCAACUUCAUCCUGUCCAAUAACCCAUUCUUCAUCCCCGGCGAAAAGUGGAAACAACGACGGGCUGAUAUAUCUCCUGGUCUGACCAAUGGUCGGAUAAAAUCGGUCUAUCCAGUGACAAACAAGGUGUGCCAGCAAAUGAGCGAGUGGGUGAAAAGGCAAAUUCGCUUGGGUGCAGCCGAUGGCAUCAAUGCCAAGGAUUUGAGUCUCUGUUUCUCCACCGAAAUGGUCACAGAUUGUGUGCUGGGUUUGGGUGCCGACAGUUUUACAGACAAACCGACUCCCAUUUUAGCCAACAUCAAGGACCUCUUCAACCCCCACUGGACCUUCUCGAUCCUCUUUGCCCUGGUCAGCACCUUUCCCUCCCUAAGUGCUUUGAUCAAACUGCGCUUUAUAGCGCUCCACGUGGAGCGUUUCUUCACCGUCUUGAUGGGGACAGCAGUCCAGACUCGAAAAUCUCAACUGGCCACUGCCCAGUUUCAGCGCACCGACUUUUUGGAGUAUCUGAUGCAGCUGGGAAAGAAGAGGAACCUGGACACUCGACAACUGUUGGGCCACACCAUGAUCUUCCUUUUGGACGGCUUCGAAACAGUUGCCAGCGUUCUAGCGCACAUGUUGUUGCUUUUGGGCCGCGAUGAAGAGGUGCAGCAGCGGCUACGCGAGGAAAUCCAGGCACAUCUUCAAGAUGGCAUCAUACCUUAUGAUGAGCUAGACGACUUGCCCUAUCUGGAUGCCUGCAUGCAUGAAUCAAUCCGAUUAUUCCCACCUGGCUUUAUAUCGUUCAAACUGUGCACCAAAUCCGUGGAACUUCCGAACGGAGAUGGUCCCAAUUUCACCGUGGAAAAGGGGACCGUCGUGGUUAUACCUCACUUGUGCUACAUGAUGGACGAGGAAAAUUUCCCAAGCCCGCAGACUUUCAACCCUGAACGCUUUAUGGAUCCUCAUGUCUCAAAAAACUUACGCGAACGUGGUGUCUACAUGGGAUUUGGAGAUGGGCCACGUGUUUGCUUAGGUAUGCGCUUUGCAACAACCCAAGUUAAGGCUUCAAUCGUGGAGCUGAUCAGCAAGUUCAAUAUUAAGGUCAAUCCAAAGACCCGCAAGGACAACUUGUACAACCCAACCAUGUUUCUGCCUAAUCUAAAUGGGGGAAUUUGGUUGGACAUGGAGGACCGUCAAUAAUUACGCUAAAGGCUUUUAUCAUGGCCUGAUAGCGAAUGCUUUUAAACACUUCAUUAGUAAAUGAGUAUGACAUGAUUUAAUAAGUACGGUAUUCUUUGUAUAAAAUAUACCCUUGGAAUGGGUAUUAUUGUCCAGUUAAAAGUUUGCAACUCCAUACAGUAUAUAUAUUUUUAUCGAAGUUUGCUUUCUUUCUUGUUACAUUUAAAUAUUAUUUUUGUAUCAAUUUAUAGGAUAA